UUCUGUUAUUUCCGGCGUCAUGUUUUCAUGGCAGCAAAAUGCGACUUGUCGAAUUUUGUAGAAUUCAUGUGUGUUCUGUACCAUGUUUUAGUUAACGGUGUCAUGUAAACCAAGAAAAAUGUCGAAUACGAGGAACCCUAAGGACAUACGCGGGAUGGUGACCAGCAGUGAACGGGUAACUGCUUUCGAUAUGGUCGAUGUCCACUUGGUCGACAGUAAAUCAAACAAGAAGGAUGUAGAGGACAUGAAAAGCAAUUUGGAUAAACUGAAGAAUCUGUCUGAAGAUGACAAGAAAGAGAACGCCAUGCUGCGAUCUCGAAUCGACGAACAAUGUCAGCUGAUUAUGAUCCUUAAACAGCGAGCCGAUGACGUGCAAGGCAAAACCUCCACCUUGGAACGAAUCAACAAAGAGUUGAUUGAAUUCAGAGGCAAUGCUCAAGAAAUGUUAAACGCAGAAAUACGGAAAAAUACUUUACUUGAAAAACGCUUCGAUGAGCUUGCAUCAAAUCAUCAGGAAAUGAUUAAAAUCAAGGACGAAUACAAGCGCUCCAAUCAAGAUCUCCGACUAGAAAAUUCUCGGCUCAGAGACGAAAAUGCUAGAUUGUUUUCUGGUGCAAUUGUCGAAAAAGACCAACUCAUUGCUGAUUUGGAAAAGAAACUUGCCAGCAUGAAGGAACAAAAUAGUUCUCAAGAACUGAGACAGAGGCAGAGUAUCCAGGAUCUGAGAGCCAAGGAGCAGGAGCUACAGAGGGAGGUCGACCGCCUCCAGGAACAGUAUAGGACUGACCUCAAAGCCCUGACCUCUAAACUGCAGGACACAGAGGAAAGGUUAAAAGGUGCUAAUUACAAGCUGCAGAAUCAAAUGGAUGACAAGAGGUCUGCAGAUCUAGAGUCUCAGACCAAAUUACAGUCACUGGUGAAGGAGAAAGAUGAGUUACUGGACCUAGCAAUGCAGAGAGGGAAGAUAAUACAGAAAGAACAAACAGAAAAUAAGAGACUGCAGAAAAAGGUGGAGGAAAUGGAGAAAUCUGUUCGUAGCAUGGAGGAUAAGUUUGAAAGAGAAGCAGCCACGGUUAAUUCUAAUUUACAAGUUCGAAAGUUACGUGAUGAGCUGAGCUCCGCGGAGACUCGAUGUCAGGAGGUCAUGAGGGAUUUUGAGGCUUUCAAGAAAUAUUCUAACACGCUUUUACAGAAAGAAAAGGAGAUUAAUGAAAGACUACGACACUUAGCAGAGUGACCUCCCUGGUUAAAGGGAACAGUUAUUCCCCUUGUUGAUGGAAUCUUAGGGAGUUAUCUCUCUUAUACAAAAUGUGGGGAAAAUGGCUUCAACUUAAAUCAUUUCCCUUAUUUUCAAGUGGAUGACUUAUUCCCCUAUUUGAAACCAUCUUAAGAGAACAGUUCCAGUAAAUUGAAAUGUGCCUGUAUAUGAAAAUGUAUGUAUAUGCAGCUUCAUAAAGCUGAACAGUGUCAAUGGAAAUCCACAUGUCAUUGUCUUUAAAGGUAUAUAAAUAUUUAGGUGUUAUACUUCAAGAUUUUGAAUUCAGACAUUUAAUCUGUAGUAGAAAGUUAUGAUGAUCAGAUUAUAUUUAAAUCUACAUAUAGAUUUGUCUACCAGAUUUUAUUUAUUCUAGCAAGAAAAUGGUGUAUUUUUUACAAGAUGUUGAUUGUGACAUUGACUCAAUCGUUUGAUAAAUGCCUGAUUUAUUUUCACUUGAGAAAAUAUUUUACAUGAUGUAAUUGUUGAGAAAAGAAUGAUCUAUGGUGCAAAUGGUCAUAUAUUGCAACUUUAACUUACAUACUUCUGUAAUGGUUCCCAUGGUAACAUUAUUGCAUGGU